GCCAUUUCUGCAACCUAACGAAUUUGAUCAUUUUCACUCAUACUUUUCACUCCGUCAAGCAACAUGUCUGACGAGCGGUCGCCAUCGCCUGAAGGCAGUGACAUUGUGGUCAUUGGUAAAGACGACACCAGCAAUUAUAAUUCGGGCAAUAUCCUGCCUCAACCUGAAGCUACUAUUGCCCGUAUCCAUGAGUGGCUGCGACCUACAGAAUACAAUAUUAAAAGCAGUGAAUAUCGCAAGCAUUUGGCAUUCCAUCUUGAAGGUACUGGGGAAUGGAUUCACAGAUCAGACAACUACCUCAAAUGGCAUGAGAGCCAAGGAGAUGGUCUCUUGUGGAUCAAAGGUGUUCCAGGCUCCGGAAAGUCUGUCGUUGCAGCCAGCAUGAUUCACAAACUCUCUCAAGAAGAAAUACCAGUUCUUUACUUCUUCUUUCGACAGAUUGUUGAUGCCAAUCAUCGACCCAUCAACCUUCUCAGAGACUGGCUAGACCAGAUCCUCAUCUACUGUCCUGAGUUGCAGGCAAUCUUGAAGGUCUAUCUCGACGAGUGCCGGGAGCUGGAUAGCAUAUCAAUCGACGAGCUAUGGAGGCACCUAAGAACAGCUCUGGCAUCUGUGCCCAAAGUUUAUUGUGUGGCAGAUGCUUUGGAUGAAAUGGACGACGGCAAUAGUGAAUUCAUCAAACAACUGGCUGAACUUGGUCAUUGGACUCCUUCGUCUGUGAAGGUUUUAUUGACAAGCCGACCUACUGUCAAUGUCGAGGCCGCGAUGAGAGGCAUAAGGUUUUUUGACCUCCGAAUGGACGAGAAGGCUGUGGAUGUCGAUAUUUCUACUUACGUGCGAUACUGUCUAUCCGGCACUUCUCUUUCUGAGCGCGAUCAACAGCUUGUCAAAGAAGCGGUACCUGGCCGAGCCAACGGUCUGUUCCUCUACGCUAAAUUGGUCAUGAAAUCAUUUUUGGAGCCAGAAGCCGACAUUCAUGAGACGAUUUGCAAGCUUCCACUUGAUUUGGACGCUAUGUACAUCGGCAUUCUACGAGAACAUGCUCGGAGAUCGGGAAUUUCAGAGAACACGCAGGUGAUGAUCCUGCAAUGGGUGACUCACGCGACCCGUCCUCUUCGGCUACUAGAGCUUGCCGAUAUGCUCAAGACAGUCGCGGGAAGCAGAUUCUCAGAUAGUCUGAAAGAGAACAAGGAUCUGGUUCGUGCUGCCUGUGGCCCUCUGCUCGAGAUCUUACCAGACGAGGCUGUGAGCGUUGUGCACCAUUCCCUUACCGAGUUUUUGGUCGGGACAUCAAGAACAGGCCGCACCCCUGUUUAUCCCAUAUUGGACUCCUCACCAACCCACUACGAUCUUGCUCUCGCUUGCCUCCGAUAUCUCUGUGCAGGCUGCCUUCAAAAUGAAACUCUUACUCCGUCAGAAACUCUUAGUAGCGGACGCAGCCGCAACGUGGACUUUCCAUUCGCAGCGUAUGCUAUAAAGAAUUGGCACGUACACGCUGCAAAAUCUGAGUGGGCUUGUUUGCCUAAUGACUUGUUGCAUCAACAAAUUGAAUUGUUCAUGGGCAAUAAGGAGACACGAAACAAUUGGCUGAAAAUAUACUUGUAUUCCUCUGAAAGACUGAGGAUUGAAGACGAAAUUGUCUCCAUGUCAGAUCUCCAUGUCGCCGCAUUGUGCGGUCUCAAAGCGUGCAUCCCGGCCCUCAUCGAUCGCCUGGGCCAGAAGAGCAUAGACGAACAAGACUCAAGAAAAAGAAACCCGGUGUGGUGGGCUGCUUUAAGCGGACACCCGGAUAUCAUUGAGCUGCUUCUAAACCAUGGGGCAUCACCUGAUACUCAUGACUUUAAAGGCUACCAGGCAUUGCAUGUAGCUGCAAGGAGGGAUAAAGCACAGGUUGUUCAGCUACUCAUUGAAAAAGGAAUAGCUCCUACAGUCCCACGUCUCCAGAAAGACACCGACCCAGCUAGAAAGUAUGCAGAUACACCAUUAUAUUAUAUAGCCUCAUACGGCCAUGUCAAGAGUUUGGAAGCGAUGCUUCCAUUUUUGAACACUACUGAGAAACGAUCUGCUUUGCGCAUUGCCAUCAAGAAUAGGCAGCCACAGUUCGCUAAACGAGUUCUUCAGGAGCCUGAUGUCAAUCCGAAUGAUAUUACUGGAUUCGAGACACCCAUCUUUCUCGCUGCUAGAACAGGCUGUGUUGAAACAAUCGAGGUAUUGGUGAAUGCUGGUGCAGAUGCUUCUGUUCCUUGCAGGGUGGAGGCUGAUGUCUGGGACCAACAACAGAAUGUGUUGGAACGCCCCUGGUCGACUCCUCUGAUAGAGCUCUGUGAGCCACAGUCUCAAUUCAUAUGUCGGCCAUAUAAAUCUUCCCACUACAUGACGGAUCUGGACUGUUCAGAUUUUGACCGUGCCUUGGCAUUACUCAUCCAAGCUGGCGCAGACGUUAACGAGAGAGAUUCUCUGGGUCGCGCUCCCAUACACUCAGCGCAGUUUUCUCACAAGUUAAGACGUCUACUCGCAGCGGGCGCUGAUCCAAAUGCUGAGACAAAGGAUGGGAAGACCGCGCUGCAUUGCCUGCCAAAGAAAGGUGAUGAGGAAUACCUGAAGCUCCUGUUGAAAGAUGAGAAUGUAGACAUCAACAAAAGGGAACACUGCAAAGGCAGGACACCUCUUCUUGCUGCCAUUUAUCAUGAUUCGGGCCUUACUCCACAAAUGUUGAAAUAUAGGCCCGAUUGUAAUGUUACUGAUUUCGAAGGGAAUGGCCCUCUCCAUUACGCAUUUUCUCAUUAUAAUAAAUUCACUCUGCCGACAGUAUUGAGAACACUUCUAGAAGCUGGUUCGGAUCCGAAACUGACGAACAUUAAUGGAGAAACGCCCUUACAUAUUCUUGUCACUAAGGGGUUCUACUAUCAAGAUGAAUGUCUGCGGAUACUACUCGAAUAUGGAGCUGAGAUCGAUGCCAGAGACAUCAGAGGCCGGACACCCUUGUUUCGGGCCGUGGGCAGAUUCCCAAAGCACCCUAUGGCAACAGAUAUUCUUGAGACUCUUAUCAAGGCUUCGGCAAGUCUGAAUGUUCGCGAUAAUUAUGGGCGAACCCUUCUACAUGAAGCGAUUCACAGCAUUACCGACCUUGAUUAUGCACAUAGAAGACUCACCGAGGUAUACCAAUACCUCCUUGACGCUGGUGUGUCACCUUGUGCCGUGGACCUGCAUGGCAACACUCUAUGCCACGAGUUGGUUCUCGUCCCAAAUGCAAUAAGGCUAUCAGGUAAAGGAGAAAUAUUCCUUUCACUUUUCGAAAAGGCGGGGUUGGAUGUAAACAAACCCAACUAUGCUGGCACGACACCUUUGCAUCUAGCUUGCCGCAUGCGUCUGGACGGAAACCAUGGGGUCAAUUACCAUGCAAAAGAUUGCUUGAGAUGGCUCCUCAAUCAAUCACCCGAUGUCAACGCGUCAGAUACCCAAGGGUUGAGGCCCAUUCACUUCGCCGCCUCCACGAACACUUACACUGUUGACCGCUUGUUGAACGCCAGCGCAGAUCCAUUUAUUACCACAAACCAAGGCAUGAAUGCCCUACAUAUCGCCGCGAGGUGUAAAAGAAGUAACAGUCUCGGACUUCUACUUCAGCGCAUGCACGACCUAAAUCCCGACGCCACAAAAGUGGCACUCGACCAGAAGGAUAUUUUUCAAUACACCCCAUUGCAUUACGCAAGUCGCUCUGGGAUUAUCGAGUCUGUGGAACUCCUAAUCAAAGUAGGAGCAGAGGUUAAUCCAAAUUUUGAUGAACUCCGAGGGACAUGCUGUCCUGAACCUUGGUUCCCUCCAAUUCUUCAGUGUGUAUUCUUCGACCGUGAGCAACGUCUUUGGAGGCGCGGGCCAGUCAAGAAAAUACCUCUUGAUGAUGAGCUUCCCUUUCACCAGUUGAAUGAUCCCGAUACAAUCAUCGCUGCUGGUUAUACUGUCGAGAAUAAGGAAAGGCACUUUGAUGAGAUCGUAUCGGGGCCUCAACUUGAAUUCCUCGAUCCAGUGUAUGAGGCCUCGCGAUAUGAUGAGAUCAUCAACGCUUUGCUUGAUGCAGGAGCAGAUGUGUUUCUGGGUUCCCACGGUCCAAGGUCGGCCCUUUACCGUGCGAUGCUUUUCGCAUCAGACGAGUGGCAGGAUUACAUUACAAACCUCCUCUGGAACUGCCAGGAGAAAGCUGGAUAUCUGGAACUUCCAACUCCUCUUCAUAUUGGAAUAUCGAGAAGCAAAGCUCUUCGUCAAACAGAGGUUGCGGUAUUGAAUGAGUCACUCAACCCACGUGCAAAAGAUACAAAAUGGAGAAGAGUAGCACGAUUACUGUCGGACCGCCACUUCUCUUUGGUAGCGAACCUGUACAAAGCUGGUGCGGACUAUACUGCUGUCGAUGUCGAUGGUGUAUCGAUCCUUUCGCGACUCGUCGAAUAUGGUUACUAUGAAUUAGUCAAUGACUGCUGCUCUCCAGAAGAAGCAGUAAGGUUUGAUGAUGCUCAAUGGGUAAUGGAACAAGGUGUGGAAGAGCUUGAGCUUUUGCUUGUGACGGCUUGUCGACGCUCUUCUCCCAAUAUGGAAGUCAUUCGUGUCUUGGUAGAGGAAAAAAGAGUCGACAUAAACGCACGAGGUCGUGACGGUCUUACUGCUCUUCAUAUUUUAGUCACUGGCAAGGAGUGGUGGCGAGUCUUUCGCGCCAUGCCAUACCUGCUUUCUAAAGGGGCAGAUAUGGAAAUUCGGGACGACAAGGGAUGUACACCGCUGCUUUAUGCUUUCACGAGAUGGGGUGCCUUCCGGACUGCUGCGAUGAAGUCGCUGAUCGAUAAAGGCGCUAACGUGAACGUCAUCGAUUCUGAGGGAAAUGGAUGUUUGAACAAAGCAGCACACCAAGAGGAGUUUAUUCGACUCUUAGUCGAUCAUGGAGCAGAAGUCAGUCCAACCACCAUCCUCUCUGCGAUUGAGUCCAAGCACCCAAACAUCUUGAGCAUUCUGUUGUCUGGCGAAAAGUCUUCCUCCCUUGCAGCGUCCUGGGGGAUGACAUUAAAUUACGCAAAACGGCUGGAUCCUGAUACAAAUCCCCAGGAAGCCCAGAUGAUACGUCAAGGUCAUCCUUUGCUCUUGGCAAGCUCCGCAUUGGGUACGCUUCGGGGCGGCAUCGAAUUCGAUCGUGAUGCUGCUGCCAAACAGAUGAUGGAAACUCUACUAGGAGCUGGAUUCAGUCCGUAUGCCAAUUGCCUAGUCAUUGUUGAAAAGGUUCGGUUGCCAAACAGACCUUCCUUACCAAUGGCUAUAGCGACCCAUGCAUGGCACAAGAAGGAUUCUACGGUUGAGUUUAUCCCCUAUGCCAAAAGUCCUCACAUUUUCAGACCACCCUUUAUGGCUGAAAGGGUAGUGGUGCACGAAAUCUUAAAAGGAAAACGUGUCUAUGGGCCGAUCUUAGAGUUAGCCGAUCUUGAUAUGGAGUUCCGCGAUGCGUCUGGAGAAACUCUUCUUUUGGCUGCUUCUGAGCGCAUGUCAAGCAGAGGUCCUAAGGGCGCCAGAGAAGACUAUUUGCCUCUACGACUCCUGCUCGACAAAGGGGCAGAUGCCUAUGCAGUGGAUAACUUCGGCAGAAACGCACUACAUAUUAGACUCGGAUCUCGAGCUCUGAACGAUGAUAAGCUGGAAGGACUCAAGGAUCUAGGGGACGCUGUACCGGCCUUGAUCAACCAGACUGACGCUGAUGGAUAUCGGCCACUCCAUUACGGCCUAGCCGCGCUGACGCAUGGCGAGUUUGACCAAACUGAGCCCAACUGGCUUGACUAUAUUAUAACACAGGGUGCGGAUAUGCUUGCCACUGAUGGUCUUGGAAACAAUGCGCUCCAUUACCUUGCCCCUGGCGUCUUCGGGUGUCUCUGCUAUGAUGGAAGCCACACUCGAGAUCCUUUUGAGCGCUUCUUGAAGUUGGGAUUGGAUAUCAAUGCGCGCAACAACGCUGGCCAGACACCAGCGUUCUUCCUUGCCAUGAGAGGCUAUGAUGAUGAUAAUGUGGAUGGAGUGGUGAGUUGGUUGGAUGAAUUGGGGGUGGAUUGGCAAGCGAGAGACGAUAAGAGGAGAACUAUUCUUCAUGAAAUGGCAGACGAGAAGGAGUAUUUGUUCAAGGCUAUUAUGAACAAGGGAGUUGAUCCUUUGGCAGAGGAUGUUGAUGGGCGUUCUACUUUGGAUUUAGUGGCAGCCUACGAUAAUGAGGAUGUCCUGAAGCUGUUUGAUCGGGAUGGUAAGGAUGAUAGGGAAUGAGGGAUCUACGAUAUCAAUAUGCUUCUACACUAAAGAUUUACGAUGCCUCAAGAUCUUGUUUUAUGAUUUUCAUGAUA